GAAGAAGAGGGAAAGUUGUAAAAACUAGUUCUUUAAUAUUCCAACUCCAACCAGUAUUCAUACAAUCAACCUCAUCACUGAGCGUUUCAAGAGAGAGAGAGAGGGGGUGGGUAUUGUGAGAAAACUGCUCUAAUGGCUUCAACACUGGUAUUGGUGGUGGUUUUUGUCUUUGAUCUGGUUGCUUUUGCACUUGCUGUUGCAGCUGAGCAGAGGAGGGCUACAGCUAAAAUCAUGAAAACUACAGAUUCUAACUAUUGCCUGUAUGAUUCGGAUAUUGCAACUGGCUUGGCUGUGGGGUCCUUGUUGUUCCUUAUAGCUAGUCAGCUCCUUAUAAUGGUGGCAAGUCGAUGCUUGUGCUGUGGGAGGGCUUUGAAACCAGGUCGUUCAAGGGCAUGGGCAAUUGUUCUAUUCAUCAGUUGUUGGGCUUCGUUUUUUAUUGCUGAGGUGUGCUUGCUGGCGGGUUCUGUGAGGAACGCAUACCACACCAAGUACAGGACUCGUUUCUCAGACGAUCCUCCUUCUUGUGAGAUCUUGAGGAAAGGAGUCUUUGGAGCAGGGGCUGCAUUCAUAGUUUUCACUGGCAUAAUCUCUGAGCUUUAUUAUGUUAGCUACUCAAAGGCUGAUGAUGGGUACCUUCCGAAUAGCAGGGAGACCGGAAUAAGGAUGGGAACCUACAACUGAACCCAGCCCGAGAGAAGAAGAAAUUUUGGUAUUUUGUUUCAUAGAUUUUACUUGUCAUAUAAAUAUGGGCAACUAGAAUAUCAGAAUCUGCAUCAGGAUCCACCAACAAGUAUAUUGGACUGUAUUGCGAUGAUGAUUUAACAUUUUUAG